UAUUGCUUUGACUCUCUCUCUCUCUCUCUCUCUAAAACUUCACACAUAUAUUGCUUUGACUCUCUCUCUCUCUCUCUCUCUCUCUCUCAUAUAUAGCUUUGUUCACUAACCGAAUAAAUCCAACAGUAACGAGGCAAAUUCCUUGCCUUCUGAAACAAACCCAUCAAAUCCCUUUGCUUUGUUCGCCAUUUGUUGUGAGAGUUAUUAUCGUGUGAGAGAUCAAGAUUCAGAAGAAUAAAGAAAUGGCAAGCCAAUCGGAGAAGCCCCAAUCAGUUUACGAGUUCACCGUCAAGGACACGAAGGGGAAUGAUGUGGAUCUUAGCAUUUACAAGGGCAAGGUCCUGCUGAUUGUGAAUGUCGCCUCACAAUGUGGCUUGACCAAUUCAAAUUACACAGAGUUGAGCAAGUUAUACGAGAAGUACAAGGAUCAAGGGUUAGAGAUUUUGGCAUUCCCAUGCAAUCAGUUUGGUGGCCAGGAGCCAGGAGAUAAUGAGCAGAUUAUGCAAUUCGCAUGCACUCGCUUCAAGGCUGAAUUUCCCAUAUUCGACAAGGUUGAUGUGAAUGGUCAGAAUGCGGCUCCAUUGUACAAGUUCCUGAAGUCCAGCAAAGGUGGAUUUCUUGGGGACAGCAUAAAGUGGAAUUUCUCCAAAUUCUUGGUUGAUAAAGAAGGAAAUGUUGUUGAUCGUUUUGCACCUACAACUUCUCCUCUUAGCAUUGAGAAGAAGAUAAAGAAACUACUUGGUAUCUCUUGAGUGUUAAGUUCUGAUUGCUUCUUCCCCAUUCGGCAAUAAAAUUGUUUGAACCUUCUCAUCACGUAAAUGUUGAACCUCAUCGGCUAUUGAGGUGAUAUUCAUGUAAAGGUUGGAUUCUGUAAUAAUGUUUUUUUUUUUUUUCCUGAACGUAUAUGCUAUUGUUCACAUUAUGAGGAGGAUGUAUUGAAUUCAUCACGGUAUUUAUAUGUCAUCAAGCAGUUCAUCUUUGGAACA